AGUGUUGCGCGCCGCGCCGCAGCGGCCGACGUGUGGACGUGUGACGUGUGACGUGUCCGUCUCCGCGAGUGUUGUGUGUGACUUGUGUCUCCGAUCGCGCUCAGUGUGGAUUGAGUGUUGGAAUACAGUGUUAUUUUGAACGUAGUGCAUUCUGAAUUGUUGGUGCCGAUGUCCAAGUGUGUUUGAAAGGAUAAUAGUGCAUUUGGAAUAUUAAUACCUAUAGGCUCGGGCCGGCGGCGGUGCGGGGCACGCGGCGCGGCAUGGGGCGGGCAUGGCGGUGACGUGCCCCGACCUCAUGUACGGCGCCUACUACCCCUACCUGUACGGCCGCGGCGCCCGCUCCUUCCACCACGCGCCGCACUUCCAGUAUGACCGGUUUAACGUGCAGACGGGCAACGGCGGCGAGGGCUACGGCGCGGCGGCCGGCGUCAGCAGCGGCUCCGCGUCGUCCGGCGCGCAGUCCCCGGGCUCCCCGCCGCACGCGGCACAUCUCCGCGCCAAGGAGGAGCUGUCCGCGCCCGGCCGCGCCAGCGCCGACGGUGGCGGGUCAUCAGAGUCGGAGGGCGAGUGCGCGGCGCACGGACGAGCGCGCGCGCAGUACGUCAGCGCCAACUGCGUCGUGUUCACGCACUACUCGGGCGACGUCGCCGCCGUCGUCGACGAGCACUUCGCCAGGGCCCUCGCCGCCGACAAGCCUAAAGAGAGUGUCCCGAUGGUGUCCCGAAACCUGCCUGCAUCGUUUUUCAACGCGGCGGCCGGCGCGGCUUGCGGCGUCGACCUGUACGACUACGACCCGUGGCAUCAGCAUUACUCUGGGUACGGUCACGCGGCGCACCGGCACGCGGCGGAGUACCACGCGGCGGCGGCGGCGCAGGCCGCGCAGGCGCACAACAUGGCGGCCGCCGGCUACCCCCCGCUGCUCCUCGGCCGCUCCCCCCUGCACGCGCAGUACAAGCCCGUGGAGUGGCAGCACUCGCUGGAGCACCACGCGCCGCACGCGCCGCACGCCGCGCACGCCGCCUGCUCACCCUACUCCUACCCCGCGGUGCCUGGUCUGGAAGCGCAGGUGCAGGACACAUCUAAGGACCUGUACUGGUUCUGAGAGUCCGCCGGCGCCGCGCACUAGCGCCCUCGCCUAGUCUUCACGGGACCGGGCGGUGCAUGGCACAGCUGAACGCUGCCAAGGCGGAUAGUUUUGGGGAAAUCUCUCCUGAACCUGAUGAAUUGCUUCGAAGAAACAACUCUGAACUUUAACUGUGUGUUUCUAGUGUAUAUAGUGCAAUGGACAAUAGGACACUGGAUGCAGGUUUCCAAGUACGUUUAGGUAUAUCCAAAAUUGUGUUAAAUUGUCAAGUGACAAGAUAUUUUGUGUUUGUAUGAUGCCGCGCCGCUUCUGUUAGAGAAUUUGACGCAGUCUUAUCAAAAGUGUCGCGUAAACUGCGUCCGCCUCACUCGGGUUGUAUCUUUAUAUCUAAUACCUAUCACUUUGAAUUAAAAAGAAACAACUUUUGUGACAUCAGUUCACUGAAGCACCUCUUGCCUAGUAGUUUAGGAUUACGUCAACUACUUGUGUCCAGAAAUCUUGAGCAGAUAUUAAAUUUUUAGAACAGGCUCUUGAUGAUGACGAUUUGGAUAAUAAACAGGGUUUACCUAAAAUUAUAGCGAAAUCUUGAAGAUUUCCAAUGGUCAGGCUUGCUGAUUGAAUAAGCAAGAUAGAGCAUUUGUUCCAUUUUUACAUCAGUCAGUAGGACCGGAUGAUUAAUCGUAGGUAUCUUGAUCCCACAAUAAGCCCGACCAUCAUAGGCUGGCGCGGGCGCGAGUGACGAGUUAAUGGAUGUCACGGCGCAGGUGGCGGCACGCACUGCGCCCGUAAAUUGCCAGAUAAUGAGGGUUUUUGUGUUGCGACCCUCACUUAUAAAUAUUAAACUUAUCGGAACGCGCUACGAUCAUAUUAUACGUUUCUGUCACCCGUGAUGUGGAAAAUAUCUGUUUUUUAGACAUCGCAUGAAUUCAUGCAACUGCGAGGCGUCAUCUACCUUUGAAUUAGAUGCACGAGAUUUAUGAGCGCAUUAUAACAGCGCAUGCGAUGUUUAUAUCCCAUACGUCUUAACGGAUGUUUCCUCGCGUGAUGAUUAUCUUUUCUAAAAUGCUGCGCGCGGUGCAGUGCAAUAAAUCGUUGCGAGUUUACCGAACGUGUCAGUUUCAGUGAUGUGAUGGUUUGCUGAUUUCACCUUGAGACGGUCGUUCACUGACGGUGACGGCGUCACUCCGCCGACGAUCCCAUUCAAACUGAAUUUAAAUUAAUUGUCUCGGCAGGCAGGCGCAGUUCCACAACACUAUGUAAAUAUAUCGUUUAGUACCCGUAUAAAUAUUUAGAUAGUACCUACUUAUUUAGCGAUAGCUAGAAUUAUGAUUUGUAUAUACUAUGUAGAAUAAAUGUACUAAGAUAAGUUAGAAUAGAUGAUAUAUAUGUGAUAGGUGAAACGCGUACGGAAAACGCGAGGCGCGGGUCGCUAGAGCGCGCGAUAUAUCUAAUAGAUCGUUACCUUUACUCAACCCAGUUCUAAACCCAGGAAACAAUAAAGUAACAGUAAAUUGAGCAGUUAUUUCGAGUGAUUGAAGCAAGAUAGGCGUCCUCUCACGGCUCGCUCGGGUAUCAUUAGUUCGGGCGAGUCACGGCGGUAUCAGAUCGCGUGUAGAUGCUAUCGCUAUCAGUGGUCGGAUAAUGCGGAGGAUGAGUGAUGUCGGGCCGCGUCGCGUCGCGUCGCGUGGGACCGCGGGGCGCCGCCGCCGCCCCGGGAGCCCCGCCCGCGGGACGCGGAGCAAACAUGUCGGCAGCAUUGUUACAUGUCAUUUAAUUACUCUCAAGUAAAAAACUUACUGUGUUUUUCAAAAUUAUAUUGAUACUUAUUUAUAAAUAAGGCGUUACUUAUUUUCACACAUCGCAAACAUUAAUAAAUUCUUUAACCUUGCCUAUAAACUCUUAUCGCAUGGUAGACAAUAAAUCGUUUGUCAUUUUUUUUACAUUAUUUAAAAGGUUUGGGAUGCCUUAUCAUGUGAUAAAUGCGAUUGUAAUAGAGUCGGACCAAGCUAACUCUGCAUGGCAUUUGCAAAGACAAAGUGUGGCCAUCAUGUCAUCAUUCAUGUAUUUUUUUUUAAUAAAAAUAUAACGUUUAUAAUGCCACUCCAUCAUCUUGAUCUACAUUUAUGGUAUGAUGCAAAGCUGUAGGUAUACGGUGCAAAGUUAGCUUAAACGAACUCUAAGUUCGCUGCGCUGGCGCAUGGCGAUGGCGGCUCGCGCUCACCUAUAGCCUGCAGGCUGUAGGUACUAUAAUACAUAUACGUGCAAUAAUAAUACAAUACCUACCUACGUAUAGGUACCAGCCCCAUGACAAUGACAUGUUCAACCAGUUGGCUAGCAGCAAACGUAUACUGUGCUUAAUAUAAAUAUAUAAACAUUAGACCCAUAUUAUUUCGUCCAGAAAAAAAAGUUUGUUAGAAACACCUAGGUACCUAGUUAAAUUAUUUUAAACCGGGUCACUCACGUAUUAUUAAAUCGAAUAGCGCGACAUGUUUCGAUCCAAUUUACGAGGAUAAUAAACGAUAUUACUUAAUUACUUAAUAAUACGUGAGUGACCCGUUUUAAAAUAAUUUAAUAUGUUUGAGUCUCACGGGAGCUUUAUACCCAGGUAGUUAUGGAGAAAGAAAUUUAUGAAAAUAUUUUAGAAAGUGUGGGUUCCAAAAGUUCAUCGGUUCGAUCCUCAGUAUUAUGUGAUAUACCUAUGAUUUAUGAUAUACGGUCCUCAGUAUUUGUGAAAAAUAGAUAUGCUGAGCUCAUAAUAUGUAUAGGAUUUACUGUUUGAGCUAACUCGCCAACUCACUUAGCGCCGCUUGCACCAUCCUGCUAACCCGGGGUUAACCCGUUGAACCGUUAACCCAGUGUCAAAUUGUCUUGGUUGCCAUGGUAAAUCCAGGUUUUACUGGUUAACUCGGGUUAAUGGGAUGGUGCAAGUGGCCCUUAGUGCUUUUGUUAUGUCGUUGAGUUGCUGCUUCAUUUUCACAUUCUUACCAUAGAUGUCGCUAUACGCCUCCCUAUUAAGGCGUAUACGCUUUAACGCUUUAUUAAGCUUCGGUAACUCAGUUGGUAUAAAGAGAUUGGGACCGGUGUUCCAAAAUUCCAUUUUUGUUUCACAUAUUGAAGAAAGAGAUGCAAACAGAGCCCGAUAUCAUAAAACCACUUAAUAAAUUGCUGGGGAAAGAAUCAGCAAAUAAUUGUGUUCGUAGAAUCUAUUGUCACGGAUGGUUCUGAUGCGAGGCCUUCUUAUUGGACGUUCAUCCGGUCGCGAAGUGACCUUGUGUUACUAAACCUAAAAAAAUGCCUAAUUGCAUAUAAGAAUUCCUAUUUACGUGCAUACAAAAAUGACUGUAUUAAAAUUAUUUUAAACGCUCGACCAGUUGAGACGGCGGCGGCGGUGCAGUCGGUGCUCCAGUCGAGGAUCCUCAACAACGUAUCGAAACACGGUUUAAUCGACUUAAUAAUUCGGGAGUAACCUGCUUAAAAUUUUUUUUUUCUUUAUUUUGAGUCCCACGGGAGUUUAAUAGUUAAAACCACAAAUGAGUGUUUUGCUUAGAAAUUUUCGUCCAAUUUACCGGAUCCAGUAAUUAGACCAUCUCAUUAAAAAAUUAGUGCUUGGCACUUUUAACAUUAGUGCGUUAGUGAGCUAAAACUAUACAAAAGUAUUAAUGAAAUGAAAUUGUUUAAGUGAUUAUUGUCGGCUCCGCCAAUAUCUUGUGCUUUAGUGUGUACCACACAUUAAGAAAACUAAGAAUGCUAUAAGAAUAUUUGUGGUAUUUUCUAUAAAAAGAGAACUUAUUGUCGAUGUUGUUAUUGUAUUGCGGCGCUUACGCCAUUAUUAACGAUGCUCCGAUAUAAAUACAAUGCCGCGUGACGCUGUGCGGCGUAAUAAGCGCCAUCGACAAAAAAGGUCCCUUUUCAUAGAAAAUGCCCCAUUUGGCAUCUGCCGUUAAGUUUGGUGCUAGACCGGAGGUCGGCAAAAUGCGGCUCGUGAGCCGCAUGUGGCUAUUCACUUAAGAAUUUUACUAAGUUUAUUAAGACCACACAAAACAACAUGUGUGGUUCUUUAAGGUUCCUGAAACUGAUUUUUUUAUGCGAUUGGGUCUUCUACUCAAAAGUAUUAUGUCGACCUCUGUGCUAGAAUCACACAUUGCCAGCAAAUUUCGAAACGACACCAAUUGCUGUAAUUUUUUCAUAAUGUCUUUGUAAUCGACCAUUCAUAUUAAUAUCAUUGGGAUUGGCAACUGUUAGAGGUUUGUAUAAAUGGCGCCAGCCAUAAGUUUUCACUGCCUCUAGAUUUGUUCUAUGGGAUUUUGCUUAAAUAUAGGCCUUAAAACUUCCAAAAAAUAAACAAGAAUUUAACGCUAUUCGUUGAAUUAACAAAUAAAACCUAGCUGGCUCUACUUCUGUGUAAAAUAUGUACUUUGACCGGCCAACCCCGUAGAUGCACGCCGAGGGCGACGGCGACGGCCGGUGUGAAUGUGAAUUCGAUAUAAGGUUGCUGGCUGACGAAGUGUGGCGGGGCCCGGGGCCGGACUUUUCCGGGUCUGUAAGUAGACGCAUUAUUUAA